GAGACAAUGGAGAUUAUGAACAAAAACCAAAGAAUUCAGGCACCAAUUCAAUCGAUCAGCCUGAAGCUUGUCACCAAAAUUUUGCUCCCGUUUUCACUUCUUUCUGCAAUAUUAUCAUACCCUUUGUUGUGCAACUUCCAAACUUUGGCAUAUAGUUUACAGCUCUUCAGUUUCAGUGUCGGCAAGACUUACAUGUUUGUGCUUUGCAAUGGACUUAUUUUUUUCAUUGCCACCGGCUCUGGUUUGAUCGGUAGUUUUGCGGUAGAGUCUGAUGUUAAAGCCGACAAGAUUGCGAGGAUCAGUGAGGGAGGUAGUCGAAGAGAAUUAGAGGUUGAAUCAUCAGAGCCAAAGAAAGCAGAAGUUGACCAGAGAGAAGAACUGCCCUUGGUUGUAGAAGAAGAAAGAUGGAAUGAGCUUGUUUCAGUCGACGAAGAUGAAGAUGAAGCACUUGAGUUGAUGAGUAAUGAAGAGUUAAACAAGAAAUGUGAUGAUUUUAUUAGGAGAAUUAAAGAAGGGAUUAAAUUUGAAGCUCGCAACUGAUGACGGUUCAAAAAGUAGAAUUUGACACAACAUUAAGGACUCUAGGCAUCAACUAUGCUUAUAGUUAUAGAUCUGUAACUUGUUUUUCUUUCUUUUUCUUGUCUCCUGAAAGCCCCCAACUUGGACUAUAAUUCGGUUCCCCUGUUUUUCCUUUUCCUCGGAAAUUUGAUUUCUGAGUUUUAGCUUGACACU